GGGCUCGAAAUCAUCAAAGAACAUCCAGUUAGAUUUCUUUCCAGGGCGUAAAGCCAAACAAGUCAUCUCUUCGCAGAUUACAAAAGAGGGAAGAAUAGAAACAUGGGUGCAGAAACAAUUGACCUCAAGGAUAUACAUGAUUUUCUGAUAGAACUAGCUUCCAAGGCUGGAGAAAUCAUUACCAAUGCCUUGCCGAACACAGGAAGUACAGGGUCAAAGAAGAACACCGCAGAUCUCGUCACUGAAUAUGAUCGUGCGGUUGAGAAAAUGAUAUCUACAGCGUUAGCAGGGAGAUAUCCGCAGUACCAAUUUCAUGGCGAGGAGACAUAUGACCCUGCAAGUCCACUAACUGAUGCCCCCACAUUCGUCGUCGAUCCCAUCGACGGUACAGUCAAUUUUGUGCACGGAUUCCCAUAUGCAUGCAUCUCUCUCGGCUUUGCGAUCGACAGGAAACCGGUCGUUGGUGUUGUUUACAAUCCGUUCAACAAUACCCUCUACUCCGCCAUUCGUGGAGAAGGGGCGUAUUUAAAUCGCAACACUAAACUUCCGCUCGACGCUAGGAGCCUUGAGCCAUUGAAUGGCCUAGAGAAUGCUCUCAUCGGCGUUGAGUGGGGUUCGGAGAGAGCAGGCAAGAAUUGGGCGACGAAGAUACGGACAUUUGAAAAACUCGGUAAAACCAAGGAUGAUGGUGGUGCAAUGGUACGUUCAAUGCGUAGCAUGGGCUCAGCUGCAUUAAAUCUUUGCGCCGUCGCAUGCGGGAAUCUCGAUUUGUAUUGGGAAGGUGGUUGCUGGGCGUGGGAUGUUUGCGCUGGCUGGGUCAUUCUGACAGAAGCUGGCGGUAUAAUCGUUGACGGCAACCCUGGCAACUGGGAAGCCAGCGUUGAUGGGCGAAAGUAUCUCGCAGUCCGAGGAUCGCCAAAUCAAGCAGGACAGAAGGAGCUCAUCGAGGAGUUUUGGGAGCAUAUACAAGGCCAUCUCGAGUAUUGAUUUGAAUAGUGAGCUGGGCGCUUUCAAGCACGCCCUGCCGGUCUCCGGCUGCCGCAAGCCUUGCUCUCAAUACAAAACGAGGAAAGUGGUUGACAAUAUUGAGUAGUCUAAUGAGGGAGAAAGACUCCCACCAUCAUGUUACAAUGUACAUCUCAGACACGAUGACACAUCAG